UGGAUGGUCUACUCUGCCAGAUGAUCAGUCCAGGUGUGCAGUGUGUCAGCAGGUUCUGAGGGAUCCAGUCUCUAUCACCUGUGGACACAGGUUCUGCAGACAGUGCAUCACCAGAUACUGGGAGAAACCUGCUCCUUCAGGAGACUAUGACUGUCCUCAGUGUAGAAAGAGAUCCAGAACACGUCCUCUACUACAUCACCUGAGUGAACCCAAUGAAGCAAGAGGCUCUGAAAACCAUAAAGACAGUCUGCAGAGAGCUAUAGUAAACCAUAAAGACAGCCUGCAGAGAGCUAUAGUAAACCAUAAAGACAGUCUGCAGAGAGCUAUAGUAAACCAUAAAGACAGCCUGAGAAGGAGGUAUGAAUGUGUGAUAGAAGGCAUCGAAACAGCAGGGAACCAAACUCCCCUCAACAGGAUUUACACAGAGCUCUACAUCACAGAAGGAGAGAGUGAAGGGGUUAACAACGAACAUGAGGUGUGGCAGCUAGAGACAGCAUCCAGGACACCAACCUCACAUGACACAGCAAUCCACUGCAAUGACAUGUUUAAACCCUUACCUGGCCAAGAGAGAAGCAUCAGAACUGUGCUGACGAAGGGCAUCGCUGGCAUCGGAAAAACUGUCUCUGUGCAGAAGUUCAUCCUAGACUGGGCUGAAGGGAAGGCAAACCAAGAUGUGGACAUCAUAUUUGUGCUUCCUUUCCGGGAGCUGAACUUGAUCAAAGAUCUCCAGUACAGUCUUCUCAGACUUUUAAAUGACUUCCACACAGAACUAGACAUAGACAAUGCAGAGAAACUCACUGCCUGUAAAGCCAUGUUCAUCUUUGAUGGUUUGGAUGAAAGCAGACUUCCAUUGGAUUUCCAGCAGAAUGAAACAGUGUCUGAUGUCACCCAGACAUCAUCUGUUGAUGUUCUGCUGACAAACCUCAUCAAGGGGAAUCUGCUUCCCUCUGCUCUCCUAUGGAUAACCUCCUGACCAGCAGCAACCAAUCAGAUCCCCCCUAAGUGUGUUGACCAGGUGACAGAGGUACGAGGGUUCAAUGACCCACAGAAGGAGGAGUACUUCAGGAAGAGAUUCAGUGAUGAGGACCUGUCCAGCAGAAUCAUCUCACACAUAAAGAAAUCAAGGAGCCUCCACAUCAUGUGCCACAUUCCAGUCUUCUGUUGGAUUUCUGCAAUAGUCCUUGAACACAUGUUGAGUACAGACAAGAGGAGAGACAUGCCCACGACUCUGACUGAGAUGUCCAUACACUUCCUGCUCAUUCAGACCAGCCUGAAGAACCAGAAGUAUCAUGGAAGAGAUGAGAUGGAUCAAGAGGAGCUCAUGGAGUCAGAUAAGGAAAUUCUUCUGAAGCUGGGGAAGCUGGCGUUUGAAAAUCUGGAGAAGGGUAAUCUCAUGUUCUAUGAAGAAGACCUGAAAGAGGCCGGCCUUGAUGUCAAAGAAGCCUCAGUGUACUCAGGAGUGUGCACACAAAUCUUUAAAGAAGAGUCUGUGUUAUUUCAGAGAGUGGUGUACUGCUUUGUUCAUCUGAGCAUUCAGGAGUUUCUCUCAGCUGUCUACAUGUACCACUGUUACACAACCAAGAACAUGGAUGAACUGAAGCCCUUCCUCAAGAGACAGUCUAGAGGUGCGUCUGAAGAGCUAACCUUGCAUGAGCUGCUGAAGAGGACCGUUGAUAAAGCCUUGGAGAGUAAGAAUGGACACCUGGACCUUUUUGUCCGCUUCCUUCAUGGCAUGUCACUGGAGUCCAAUCAGAAACUCCUACGAGGUCUGGUGACACAGACAGAAAGCAGUCCAGAGAGCGUCCAGAAAACAAUCCGAUCCCUUAAGGUGAUGCAGAGGAAGAACGUCUCCCCUGAGAGGUGCAUCAAUCUCUUCCACUGUCUGAUAGAGAUGAAAGACCAUUCAGUACAGGAGGAAAUCCAAGAGUACUUGAGGUCAGAGAACAGAUCCAAAAACCUCUCCCUUGCUCAGUGUUCAGCGCUGGCCUACAUGCUGCAGAUAUCAGAGGAGGUUCUGGAGGUGUUUAACCUGAAGGAGUACAAGACAUCAGAGGAGGGUCGUAGGAGACUGCUCCCAGCUGUGAGAGGCUGCAUGAAAGCUCUGCUGUCAGGCUGUGGAGUCACAGAGGAAGGCUGUGCUUCUCUGGUCUCAGCUCUGAAGUCAAACCCCUCACACCUGAGAGAGCUGGACCUGAGUAACAAUGACCUGAAGGAUUCAGGAGUGAAGCUGCUCUCUGCUGGACUGGGGAAUCCCCACUGUAAACUGGAGACUCUGAGGCUGUCGGGCUGUCUAGUCACAGAGGAAGGCUGUGCUUCUCUGGUCUCAGCUCUGAGGUCAAACCCCUCACACCUGAGAGAGCUGGACCUGAGCUACAAUCACCCAGGAGACUCAGGAGUCAGACUGCUCUCUGCUGGACUGGAGGAUCCACACUGCAGACUGGAGAAACUCAAUGUGGAACAUGGUGGAGAGAACAGAAUGAAACCUGGGCUUAGAAAAUAUGUCUGUGAUCUCACACUGGACCUAAACACAGUAGACAGAUUCUUCUCUCUGUCUGAGGAGAACAGAAAGGUGACAUGGAGGAGAGAGGAGCAGCCGUAUCCUGAUCACCCAGAGAGAUUUGAGGACUAUAGACAGGUGCUGUGUAGAGAGGGUCUGACUGGGCGCUGUUACUGGGAGGUAGAGUGGAGUGGGAUAAUGGGGGCUGAUAUAGGAGUGACAUAUAAAGGAAUCAACAGGAGAGGAUGGAGUAAUGACUGUUGUCUUGGAUACAAUGACAAGUCCUGGAGUCUGGACUGCUAUGACAACAGUUACACUGCCUGUCACAAUAAUAAUCCCACUACCAUAGACAUCCCCUCCUCCAGCUCCCACAGAGUAGGAGUGUAUCUGGACUGGCCAGCUGGCACUCUGUCCUUCUAUAGAGCCUCCUCUGACACACUGACCCACCUGAUCACAUUCACCUCCACAUUCACUGAGCCCCUCUAUCCAGGGUUUAGGGUUUAUUAUGACUCCUCCUUGUCCCUUUGUCAGAUGGUCACAACAUGAUGUUUCACUCCAGUCAUGUGUUUUAUGUUUGAUCACAAUAUGACAUUUACAUUCGUGGAGUAACCAGUUUAGGCCAGUUUAUUCCUGUAAAUAAUAACCAUGGUAACUCUGCACCUGACACAGACACACACACAUGCAUACAGAACACACACACACUGUUGUGGAAUUGACAACAUUAUAUUGUUCACAUUGCUUUAUAUUAGAUUCUUAUUCGUUCUUUCAGGGGUCUCUGAAGCUUAUCGCUGACAGUUGAUUUACCUUCAUUCCGUGAUUAGUGGCUGUGUGAAGUGCCAGGCAAAGUUGACAGU